AUGUCGACCACCGGGGCUCUUCCUCAGACUCUCAAAUCCAUCACUUCCACCAAAAUCAAUGAGCUAUCCAAGCAGAGGGCCUUGUUCGACAAACGCAAAGAUGAAAUUCUGGCGGAUGCCAACGCCGCUUCUGACCUACACACCCGAGUCCGCACUCUUUUAGAUGGUCUUUCUCGCUUGGAGGGGUUUCCCAAGGAUGCGCUGGACAAAGACGAUUUGGACCUAGAUGUUGACUCAUCCGACGAUGACUCUAACCUGGAGAUGAGGUCGCCCGGCAUGGGCCAACUGCAGCCAGCAGAUCACACCAACAUUCGCCGCUUCCUUCUGCAGGGUAGAUACGACGCCUCUAUUACGGAGGCUACCCUUCGUGAGUGGAUCGCGCGUCUUGAAAAAGAGCUGCGCUACCUGGAACUAAAGCACGAACAUGGUUCUUUCUACAGCAAGAUGGUCACCGAGUGGUUGACACAGCUGGACGAACAUACCACAUCAUCCACUGUUGACCAGGCCGAUGAAGCCAAAUCCACCAAAUCCGACACCAGCUUCGAGAAUGUGGGCCGAGCAGAGAUGCAUGAGCAGCGAGCGAAGUGGGAGUCUUUGGUCUUCACAGCUGCCACCCACAUUGACAAAAACUCUAUUCGGACUUACCUCGACGACCUGUUUACCAAGACAAAGCUGUCUCAACAGGCCCUCAAAGAGCUUCGUGAGAACAUCCAGAAAUUUGCAAACAACUUAGCCUCUCAGGGCCAGUGGCUGGAUGUCGAUGAGCUCAAAUGGGUCUCAAAGGCGUUGAUGAAGACUGAUCUUCUCAGCAACGACAAGGCCACGAUUCUCAAGGAGUUCAUGCGGAACAAGGAGGUCACACAGGAGGUUGCUGACGUGCUUAACAUGCGCCUGGCAUCUCUCGAUAGGUGGGGCUGGGGAGGCGAAGGUAUUCCCGUUGAGAUGCGCCGACAGCUGAAUGGAAAAUACCGGGUGUUCAUGGACGAGGAUCUUCUCGACAGUCUGCUUCUACAGUACCUUGGAUCCAAGUGGGCUGUUAAGCUGCGAGAGGUAUUCACCAGCUUCUUGCGUUCGUACGCAUGGAGCCCUAUACACGACGAUGUCCCUGACGAGUACAAGGAAAGACGCAAGUAUUUCCUCGGUAAAACCUUCUAUUCCGUGGACGGGUACCAGGGGAUCAAUGAGAUGCGAGAGAAGACUUACCUCCAACAUUACUUCAUGAGCCAGUUGCCUGAAUCAACUGACGAAGGGGCUAAAAACUAUGAUGAUGACUCUCAGUCAAAGAACGCCCUUGGCAUAAAACAUUCCCUCCUUCACAGCCUGAUCACCGAGUCCCUCAUCCACAAGAAUCUACGGGGUGAAUUCACUGCUAUACGGUCUGACUAUGAGUGGUUCGGUCCGGGACUACCUCACGCGACAAUACUCACGGUGAUGGAAUACUUUGGUGUCCCAGAGAUGUGGCUCACCUUUUUCAAGGUCUUUCUGGAAGCCCCUCUCAAAUUUGUUCAAGACGGCCAAGCUGCUCACAUCCAAGUCCGCCAACGUGGCGUUCCCAUGAGUCAUACUCUCUCGGACUGCUUCGGGGAGUCGGUUCUUUUCUGCAUGGACUACGCGGUCAACCAAGGCACCGACGGGGGGAUUCUGUAUCGGCUCCACGAUGACUUCUGGUUCUGGGGCGCGAAGGAAACUUGUGAGAAGGCUUGGCUAGGGAUGGCUGAAUUUGCGAAGACAAUGGGCCUUCAGUUCAACGUGGAAAAGACCGGAUCAGCACUUAUGGGCAAAGCCAAUGCCGAACAGUCUUCAAUCCUUCCUACUGGUGACAUCCGCUGGGGAUUCUUGGUUCUGGAUGCCGAGCAGGGCAAAUUCGUCAUUGACCAGGCGCAAGUGGAUAAGCACAUUGAAGAGCUUGGCCGACAGCUCUCAUCCUGCAAGAGUGUAUUUGCCUGGGUAAUGGCAUGGAACGGUUACUUCGGGCGCUUUUUCACCAACAACUUCGCAAAACCCGCCAUGUGCUUCGGAAGAGAUCACAUCGACAUGGCUAUCUCCACACUCAGUCGCAUCGAAAAGACUUUGUUCGCCAAUUCCAAGCAAUUCAAAGGAGGUGUUACCAACUACUUGCGGAAUGUGAUUGCGGAGCGGUUCGACAUCCAUGACCUGCCGGAGGGUUUCUUCUACUACCCCGUUGAGCUGGGUGGACUGGGGCUCCUGAACCCAUUCGUUCGACUGCUUGCCAUGCGUGAGAACAUCAAGCAUACCCCUCAAGGACGUCUCCAGAAAGCAGCCUUGCAGGAUGAGGUGAUGUACCAGUCAGCCAAGGAGAAAUUUGAAAAGCGCGGCUCGGAUUCCACCACCACCAUGUUUGGAUAUGACGGUAAGCCUAUCCCUUUCUGGUCUCUGGAAGAGUACACCCAGUACCCUGAGACGUACAGCUCCAACCUCCACGCGGCAUACAACAUGCUGAAGGAGGUUCCAGAGGAGAAAAAUGUCUCAGCCACUGCAAGCUUCAUAAAGAACCAAGCUGGCUUGAAGAGGGCCGGCAGGAAGCCGAGAGAUGGCCCGAUUUCAGCAAAUUGGGCCACGAUGACCCCUUACUGGCGCUGGGUGGCAGAAAUGUAUCAUGACGAAAUGGUACGUACGUAUGGCAGCCUGGCCGCUGUCAAUCGAGAGUUUAUGCCUCUGGGAGUGGUGAAGACUUUGAAGGAAGGUCGCUUUAGAUGGCAGGGUUGA